UAAACUGGUAUCAUAUAUUAACGGAUAUAUAUAUAUAACAAAGAAACAGAACGUAAUUUUACAAUUCUUCUAACAUAUUUCGACAUCAAAUAUAAAAUUUUCCCAUUUAUAUGGUGAGUGUGAUUAUAAGUGCAUUAAAACGUAAUUACGUAAAUAGAUUUGCUAGAUCUAGAUCUUUCUGUGCUCGGGGAAAAUCUCUUCCAUUCCAAGUUAAUCGUUUCACUAUUUAGACAUGUCGGAAAAUGCGAAAGACGAAUCCUCUUCGAACAGCACAGAUGGAAAUUCAAGUGGACGAAAUGAUGCGAAAGCAGUUGGUGAACCAUUGAAACCUGAGGAAUCUCUAAGAGCAAAUUCAUCAUCCUCAUCCCAGUCUAUUGUGAUUGGACAGCAUUCGUCAUCUUCUACACCAGCAUCGGGUCAUUCACAACUAGUUGCUCAAGCUGCACAGGUUCCCACUCCAACUGUAAUGCACAUGGUUCCUCCACAACAAGCAGUUGUUCAAGAUGGUCAACACUUUGCAGUAACAAGCCAGGGAAUGGUUCUAUCUGCCCUUCCACAUCAUAAUCUAAACGUAAUGAGAGGCGGUCAAGGCCUACAGUUAAUAAGUCAACAACAGUAUGGUUUACAGCAACCCUACUUCAAUACUCAACUUAUGCUAACUCCUGUCAAUGGGCAACAAUUUGCUAUUCAACAAAGAAAUAUCGCUUCAACACAAGCAGGAAAACUAAGUAAUCAGCUGUUGAAUACAGUAUCCUCAACUUCUUCAACUAAUUCAGUGGCUAAAGUUACUCUUUCCUCUUCUUUAAUUCCUAGUGCUGAACAAAUAAAUUCCAUAAAUGAUACAUCCUCAACAAAUGCUGUUACCAGUGCAAAUUCACCAACAAAGCCCAGUGUCGCUACCGUUAUGCCUCAAAUGAAACAGCAGCUUUUCCAACCUUCGAGUCAAAAGAGUGUUGUAAUUGCAGUUCCUACUGCAGGAGCAACACAGCCUUUUGUCGUCGCUAACAAGACGCCUCAACAUUUUGGACAGUUCAUUCGACUUGCCAACGGCCAGCAAGUUAUUAUCAAUCAAGCAGGAAUAACUAAUCCUACGAUCUUUCAACAAGUUCCGAUUCAACCAAAUGCACAAUUCAUCGCCGCUACCACAACUCAGCCAGCCAGUGGUCCUGUCAUCAUUAGGACCAAUUCUAAUGUUCAACCCAUUCAACCUCCCAAAAAAGAUAGUACCACAACGAAAUUGUUGGCUAGAAAACCCGGUUCGCCGGCGACAACCCUUGCUCGAGGACGCGUUAAGCCUAAGGCCUUGUCAAAAGCCACAGCUGCUCAGAGGAAUGCUGCCCUGAUGGCAGGGGUAAUAUCACCUCCCGAAAAUCCUUUAGUUUCGGCCAAAAAUACUGUUCCUAUUCAUACAACUCUCUCAUCGGCUGUAGUAGCCCCAGGAUCUCAAUCAAGUACCAUCCAACCUCAAUCAGCAAUAGAAAAAGAUAAUAUGACAAUAGAUCAACCAAUAAUUUCAAAACCCCAGAAAGCUGUCAGUCCCAUGAAAAUUGAAGAGAGAGGAGAACCAGAAUCCAAAUCAUCGUCUGAAGAGGAGAUAUUGAAUAAUAAAGAUGCCAAAAGUAGCUCAGUCGAACUUCCUACCUUUCAUGAUAAAAGAACAGGGAAAAAAACAGCAAUUGUGAGACCGGAUGUACUUGUUCAUGUUAUUGAUGGUAUGGUAAUUUGUGAGUCAAAGGAACCUUUAGAUGAUGGCUUUGAUUUGGCUGGUCUUACGAAUACCGAAUUACCAACUUCAGAUAAGGAAGAAGUUUCAAGUGAUCUAUUGAAGGCUAGGGAAAGUGAAGAUGUAGGUAGUGAAAGUGGAAAUCAAGCUGGAAGUGGGGAGACUCCAAAAUGUGAAAUAUGUGGUAAAGUGGACAAGGCAUCUAGAUUUAAGCGAUCUAAGCGUUUCUGUUCCAUCUCUUGUGCUAAAAGAUAUAAUGUAUGGUGCUCAAAAAGAAUUGGUCAAAUUGAACCUAUAAAAAUCGAGCAGGAUGGAUCUGUCAAAGUCGAAGAUAGUAAGCAACGAAAGAAAAAGACCUAUUUGAAGAGAAAAUGGAAGAGAAGUCAGAAUGGAGGAAGAUUAGAUGGAAGCCCUUUGAAAAGGGAUGCCUCUAAUAAGUUCCCUGUUUCAAGUACUUCUGAAGAUUCAGAUAAUGACAAAAUGAAUCUCAGAAAAGUACAAACUAAGAAUGUUACGGCGAACGAAUCGUCAAGCGAUAGCGAAGAUGAACUCCCUCGUUCAAUAACCACAUCAUUUAGUGCAACAAAUUCACCAGGGCCUCUUUCACCUGGUGCAACCUCUGUUGAUGAGGUACCUCCUCCUCCAUCCGGCCAUCCGGAUACAUGGACUGUAAAUGAUGUUUAUGCUUUCGUUAAAAGUAUUAUUGGCUGUCAAACCUAUGCCGAUUGCUUUCGCCAAGAGCAGAUUGAUGGUCAAGCCUUGCUACUAUUAAAACAUGAGCAUUUAAUGUCUACGAUGAAUAUGAAACUUGGACCAGCCUUAAAACUCUCGGAUUUAAUUAAAAAAAUAUCAGAAUAA